AUGCAAGUGAUUGUUAAUUGUAGAAUACAAAGUGUAUAGAUGUAAUCUUAUUAACACAUUUCCUUAACUUUUAGGAAUGGUCAAAACAAAUCCUGGGGUCUUGGUCUGAUCUAUGAUGUUGCUCGAACUGAAAAGUACUCACAAGGAUCCAACCAAGAAUGGUACAGUUUUAAGAACAGAAUCCUCGAACAUGUCAACUGUAGUUCAACGCGAAAUGCUGGUCAAUUCCAUAUGAAGGCCUUACAGUAUCAUUUGAGUCAGAAACAACGAAAGGAAAGAAACAUUGACACUAAUGUUAAGCUGGUGUCUGCAGGAAUAGAAAUAUGUAAGAUCAAGACGGCGGCUUUAUCGUACGAGUCAUUGGUAGCAUUCCUUUCCUUUUGUGGAGUAGACGUUGGGACUAUCGGACAUGGAAGAAAGCAGUUUCCACAUAUAAUAAAGGCUGCAUAUAUCCACGUCAUUAAGCAAACGGCAUCGUAUCUACAAAAACCUUUGGUAAAUACUGGCUUGCCCCCCCACUUUUCAGUUGCAAUAGACAAAUCUACUCCUCACAGAGACACGAAUCAGGCCAUAAUGAUCUUUUUACCUGUGAAUGGUAAACGCACUGCGAUGCCAAUUGAUGCUCCACUAGUGUACGAGUACAGAGAUGCAGAUUCCGAUAACGAAGACACUAUUAGAGGAGGUUAUGGAGAAGAUCUUGCCGUACAAGUAAUUGAAAUUUUUAAAACGAUCAUUGCAGCUAACUAGUUCGGAUUUAAGGUUGUUGCGAGGUAGGAUGUUAUUAUGAGAGCUGACUGAGUCGAUGUGUGAGUAAUUUGCUAAACACGUUCUCCAUUGGCUUACUUUCAUUUUCUAAUUGCUUCUAGGUGU